CGGCACUUCCUGGCCAGCCGAUUCCUUCUUGACUGCUGUCACCUCCCCCCACCCUUCAGCUCUCGUUGACUGCCUGCAACUAUCGCCCUUGCCGCCUCAUGUUCCACCACGCCUCGCCCCUCGCUCGCCGAUCUCCAAUCGCUUCUCGCCUGGCGCCCCGAUGAAUUGUCUGGCCAUGCUGAGCCCUACCAGGCUUGCUGCUGCUUCCUCCGCAUGAACCUUGGCCUUGCGUGCUCUAUCCUUACUAUCCUUAUUCCUGCAACCCUGCCCCCCCCCCCUUUCGCUUCCCCUCCACGCGCUCACCGAAUCGCCUGCGCCUCCCUCCCCCCGAGUCGAUUGCCGCGGUAUCCACUGAGAUAACGCCUACUGGGUAGUCUGGGUGACCCUUUCUUUCGGCCGAUCCCCGUGCAUGCAUCCGCCCCCUCGAGGCCAUCCAUUACAAUGAACCGCUCACCGUCCACUCCGCAUCAGACCGCUCCCAGUCCCAGCAAGCACUCCGCGCACAACGGCCGACCCGCCGAAACCCAGUCGGCAACCCCCCGGGGCUACGAGACCCCCGGCUCGGAGGUGAGGCCGCAUGAUGGCGCGGACAGCAGGUCAGGAACACCCAAGUCUGCCAAACGGAAAAAACCUCGUCAUCGGAAGCGUCGUCAUCGCCGCCAGUCGUUUCUCGCUGCAGAGGAGCCCCUUCCCGCCUCUGCCCAUGCCUCGGUCCCUGACGCAGAGAACAUAGCCACCGUGGCGGCCGAUCAGGACAAGCCCCAGGGGACUUUGCCUUUCUACAAGCUAGGCAGGGACCUGAGCACUACUAGUCUGGAGAGUGAAGCCUUGCUCGACCAUCGCUAUCAAUCCUCGAUGCGGCCCCGACGAGAGAGCCGCCUGGCCCAAUCCUACCGGCCCGGUUCCUUGUCCUCCCCUUUUCGUCCUGCCGACACGGGUUCCCGUUACCCCCCAUCCGGAGCUCGACCAUAUCAGAUGGAGAAUGACAGUGACGCGGAACAAGUGAACGAUAGGACCCCAUUGAUACGGCCAUCCUCGGGUCAUAAGAAUGGGUUACCGCGAUACGGGACCGAUUCCAAGUCGAGCCCGCUAUCGUUCCGCCAGCGACGAUCGUCUCUCCAUUCAAACUCGUCUCGAUGCUCGCCUCGUGCCAUACCAAGCCCCGGAAUGGCUGACCCCGAUCGUGACUAUGACAUCAAUAACCCCCCAUCCAUGCCGUCGUCCCCUAAGAUAGGACCCGAGAUGAACUACGACGAUGCAGUGGUUACGGGGGCCGAGUUUGACUUCUCCCUGGCCAAGUCAAUUGACAACCGGAUGGAAGCACUGGCUCGGACGCAUGACUUGUUAAUUGAUGUGGAUGGGGCCAACAAUCAUACCAACCAGUCAGCCGGGUCGUCCCCAACGUCGCCGCACCUUGCGCCUCAGGAGCGUCUCCGUCGCCGGACAACCUUCCCGGCUGAAGAGGAUGUGUGCUUCCCCACUGAGGAAGUUUCGGAACUAGCCGACGAAGAUGCGCUAAGGGCGGCCAGAGAAGGUCAUCGUCGGAGGCGUCGACUAAGGGAGUGGCCGGAUCUGUCAGUACUGGAGGACUGGAGCCGCCAGGAAAAAGAGGAACGAUCCGGUGCUUUCCGUGCGAAGAAGAUCAACGAGCCCAUGCUUGUCGAGGGCCGUCUUCGCCCGCAGUACCGGCUCUGGCGACGCGAGGAGGAGGAGGCUCCGUACCGGUUCACGUAUUUCAACGAAGAGUUUCAGAGCACUAUCCACGCGCAGACCAUAUCCGAGUUAUGCCAGCCUGGCGGUAGCUUCCGCGAGCUCUUUAUUCCCGAGCCUCCCGAAUUGGAUGUCUCCUCCGAUGAAGAUGACAUCGAGUCGAAUCACCCUUUGAACGAAGACGCAGCGGAUCACAGCCACCCGAGUUAUCUUGGCCCUAGAAAUGGGAUUCGGGUCACAUCGCCGCCUGGUAACAACCACAGCAAUACCAUCUACACUAAUCAUAACAAUCAUCAAAAGCAACAGCCUCGGACGUCAGUCAUUAGUGAGGCGGUCUCGGAAGCACGCACUUCGGCAGACGCCUCCCCCCUACCAAAGCCGGCCCAGGAAAAGACCAAGCGAUAUGGGCCUCGCCCGACUUUCUGGCUGGAUGUUCUCUCCCCAACGGACACGGAGAUGCGAGUACUUGCCAAAGCGUUUGGUAUCCACGCCUUGACGACGGAGGACAUCAUGAUGCAGGAAGCGCGGGAGAAGGUCGAGCUGUUCCGGAACUACUACUUUGUCAACUACCGCACGUUUGAGCAGGACCCCAACAGCGAAAGUUACCUGCAGCCCGUGAAUAUGUAUGUGGUUGUAUUCCGGGAGGGGGUGCUCUCUUUCCACUUCUCACAAACGCCUCAUCCGGCGAAUGUCCGUCGACGUAUCCGUCAGCUGAUGGACUAUCUGAUCCUGAGCUCGGAUUGGAUAUCGUAUGCCCUGAUUGACGACAUCACGGACGUCUUCGGGCCUCUAAUCCAGGCAAUUGAGGAUGAGGUCGACGAAAUCGACGAAAAGAUUAUGCAGAUGCACGCCGACGAGCGGGGGAUGGAGUCCAGCAACAAGGAAGCCGACAACGAUAGCGUGGCCACCUCUCUCGCUCCGGGAGAAAUGCUCCGGCGAGUGGGAGUGUGUCGUAAGAAAGUGAUGGGGAUGUACCGUUUGCUGAGCAAUAAGGCGGAUGUUGUCAAGGGGUUUGCCAAGCGAUGCAACGAGCAAUGGGAAGUGGCCCCCAAGUCUGAGAUUGGACUCUACCUUGGCGAUAUUCAGGAUCACAUCAUGACGAUGACCAGCAGUCUGACGUACUAUGAAACGUAUGUGUGACCCCCAAUUCCGGAUAGUGUGAUGCUGACUGUGUAGGCUUCUGUCGCGUGCCCAUUCCAACUACCUGGCGCAAAUCAACAUCCUGAUGAAUGAGCGACAGGAACAGACUGCCGAUGUGCUGGGCAAGCUGACAGUGCUAGGAACGAUUGUGCUUCCGUUGAACAUCAUCUGCGGUAUGUGGGGGAUGAACGUAAAGGUACCGGGUCAGGAUGUCGACAGUCUCUCAUGGUUCUGGUCCAGUAAGAUUCUUUUUUUCUUUCCUUCUCCCCCCCUCACUCUAUCUAUCCUGGGCUAACGGGGGUCCUCACAGUUACGGCGGGCCUGGUUCUCUUCGCGAUUGCCUCUGUUUGUAUCGCGAAGCGUGUGUACAAGAUUGUAUAGAUUGGGAGUCUUGCUGGAUCGCACAUACAUUAGAC